GGUGCGCUGUGUCCCUCGAACACAGCGGAUCACCGAUCACGGAAAGAGCUGAAGAUCUCGGCUCGGUCAUGUGAUCAGCUGUGUCCAAACACAGCUGAUCACAUAGGGGGGACAUGUACACUGAUCAUCAGAGCGCUGAUGAUCAGUGUGCCCUGACGAUCAGUGUAGCCCCAGCAGCGCCACCUGUCAGUGUCCAUCAGUGCCCUUGUCAGUGCUCAUCAGUGCCUCGUGCCAGUGCCACAUCAAUGCCACAUAUCAGUGCCUACCAGUGCACAUCAAUGCGACAUAUCAGUGCCCAUCUGAGCUGCCUUUCAGUGUCACCCAUCAGUGCCAGUCAGGGCCACCUAUCAAUGCCAAUCAGUGCCACCUAUCAGUGCUGCCUAUCAGUGUGCAUCAGUGCCACCUAACAGUGCCAGUCAGUGCCGCCUAACAGUGCCAGUCAGUGCCACCUAUCAGUGCC